AUGGUCCGCUUCCGUACGAGCGUAAUACACGCUUUCUUGGCUGUGACCUGGGACUGGUGUGAUACCGUUACUGCCGGGCCGGUUCAGUCUGUAGGUGCGAAGAACUUUGGCCGCGAUACGCAGAGCAUUUCCUCCCCGAGCCGUCCGGAACCUGUCAUGUUGCAACCACUCCGCAUCCCUAGGCAGGGCAACUCAAAGCGUGAUCGCCGAACCGCCCUGGAACUCAAGGGAGAAGAAACACUCUAUUGGGGCGCUGAAGAUGGCACCGUGGCAAGGCUUCGGAUCGAAACGCCCGACGAGACCGAGAACCUGGUCAACCUCGAACUCAUUGACGACAUGGUCCGCCAAGUAACCUGUCCGCCCGCCGGCUCCGAAUCAGGCACGCUCAAGCUGCAGUUCCUCGAAGAGGCCGACUUCGACGACGCCCAAGACAUCUGGCAGUGGGUAAACCAGGCCGCCGAUAACCGCUUCCUCUUGCUAGUCGGCGCGGGAGCCUGCGGCUGGAACACAGAACGCAUCCCCUACAACGUCACGGGGCUGGUGUACAACGACGAGGUCGAAACGGCCAUGCUGCAGGUCCAGCGCACAACCUGGAAGCAAGCAGCGCACACCUUCGACCUAACCGUGGGGCACACCGCCAUCCCCCCCACCACCACCAACAACCACAACAACCACAACACCGCCCUAUCCACAACCGCCCUCUCCCUCAACCCCGCCUUCACCAUCCCCCUCACCACCAACCUCACCUCCCCCUCAGCCCUCACCAUCCCCAUCCCCAACCCAGCCGGCGCCGGCACCACACCCCUCACCCUCUCGGCCACCUGCCUCGCCUGCCACACCGCGGGCGCCCUCACCGUGCAAGCGCACUUCGCCGCGCGGUGGUUCGAGCUGACCGCCGCGGCCGUGGAGGUGUCGCUCCCGGAAGAACUCACCGCGACGGCGGUGCUGGCGCUCAGUCUGCGGGGGGAUGUGGUUGCGCCGGUGGCGCGCAGCGUGCCGCUGGUGGAGCUGGCGCCGGGGGGCGUGGCGAUUCCCGGGGUGGUGACGCUGGGGCCAACGGUGGGGGUGAGUUUGGGGGUGGAGGUUGGGGGGGUGAGGGGGGCGGCGGGGGUGAUGGUGGGGGGGAUGGCGAAGUUGGACGUGGGGUCUCUAACGAUUGUCGUCGCUGAUGGGGAUGGGAGGACGGGGGUGGAGGGUUGGGGGGUGCAGGUGAGGGGGGAGGAGUUGAAGGUGGAUGCGUCGGUGGAGGCGAGGGCGGCGGUGUUUUUGAGGGCGGCGGUGGGGGUGGAGGUUAGCGUGUUUGAGAGCGGGUUUGCGGCCGAGUUGAGAGCGGAUGCUCCGACGCUAUCGGCCACGCUGAAGGCGGUGACUUGUGAGUACAUCCCUUGGUGUUUCCUGGUUGGUCUCGGAGACACUGACAGCGACAGCGUCGAACUGCACCGUGUGCGGGGAGUUCCAGAGUGGCUCGUCAAUGGCGAUGUGAAGGGGUGCCAAGAUGGACACCCCUGGGUUGAGCUGAACGCCGGUCAGCCACCAAGGCAGAAAAUCUCAUGGCACCAGCAGCUCUGCUACCACAAUUAUGUGGUUUCUGACGAGGGAGACGACCUGCUACAAUUCCACCUCGAAAAGCUGGGCGAAGAGGCGGCCAAGUAUUGGCACAGUAGCGUCCCAGCGGAGAUGGGCCGUCCAUGGAGUUGCAAGUUCCUGCAGGCAGCUUGCCGCUGUGCUUCACUUGUCUACGACUACCCAAGCCAGCCAACUUUCUCUAGUGGGCUAGAGCUGCAACCGAUUAUGCAACGCACGCCUUCUGUGACAGGAACGGUCAAAGCUACGUCAAUGUGGAAGACUGUAUCUGACCACCAGAAGAUGACCUUGUUUGCUUCCGUCAGGGGGACGGCCAGCACGGUGGACCACGUGGUAAAUUCCAACGGGGAGCCCAGGGACGUCGGUUCUCUUUUUAAAUUCGAAGGCAUAGCAGGAACUAAAGCGCACACGGGGUUUCUGGCCUGCGCAAAGACGCUCAUACCAACCCUAAAAGUGGCCAUCGAACAACAUGUAACGUCUGACAAACGGGUUGCUGAAGUGGUAUUUACAGGGCACUCGGCAGGGGGCGCCGUUGCAUCCCUCGUGUUUCUGCACUUUGUGUCUAAUCCACCAGCCGAACACAACUGCAAACGUCUGCCUCAAGUAAACGUGGUUCUGGCGCUGGUCAACGAGUACGACCUCGUCACCCGGGCAGACAAGCCGUACCUCAACUCGCUCGUGGACCUGUACAGGUCCAGAUACGGGCUUCCACCAUUGCACACGCCGGCGCUCACCAGUCUCGCUGCACACGCCGGAGCAGCCGGGGUAAAGGGCAUGUGGCCGCUACCCCCGCCACAGUUUCAGUUACUGGGGGACAUUAUCGUUUUGAAGAGUUGUGUAGGACCGGCGGGGGAUGAUGAGAGCGACGCCACCAAAUUCGUGCAUCACUCGCUUCAGCCUGUACGGCUUACCGCGGACGAGUUUGGCAGACUUUUGUUCUGCGACGUGGCGGUGCACCGCCGGGUGGUGUAUCUGGAACGGAUGGACAUGCUUGCGAGGGUUGAUGAUACAGCUGGGCCAGCAGAGGGGAAAGAUGUGCUUGUCAGGGAAGUGGAGGAGCUGGCCGCUGCGAGACUGAAGGUUCACUGA